UGGCACGAUCCAAAGACACCAUUUGUCAAAUUACUUUGGACGAUUGUUAUUAAUAAUUCGUUAAUGACGCACCGUUAGUCAACACCGCUUCCCUCAUUUUAUUACUCCUCCGAUCUCUUAUUCUUCUCCGGCGACACUUCUUCCCUUGAUUAUUCUCCCUCUUAGGUCUCUCUCUACGAAUCUCUAAUUCUUACGUCACACUCCGAGAAUCCGCUUCUGAUUAUUGAAUGAAUUUCUGAGCUCCAAGGAUCCACUGCUAAGCUUGAAGGCAGUAGUGGAAUCACCAAUAAGUUUGCUUUUGUAAUUUAGCUUGAUUUGUGGAUAAACAAUGGGCAAAGCAUCGGGCUUGCUUCUGUUUCUCUUGGGUUUUGGGUUCUUUGUUGUCACAUAUAAUCUUCUGACACUUAUAGUUCACAAUAGAUCUGGUGUGAGUAAUUCAGAUGGAAGUCCACUUCUAGAUCCUGUUGUUCAGAUGCCUCUAAAUAUCAGGAAGGCUAAGAUUUCUCCAGCACCUUUUCAUGUUGCCUUAACAGCUACAGAUGCACCUUAUAAUAAGUGGCAGUGUCGUAUUAUGUAUUAUUGGUAUAAGCAGAAGAAAGCUCUUCCUGGUUCUGAUAUGGGAGGCUUCACCCGCAUUUUGCAUUCCGGUAAUCCCGAUAACUUGAUGGAUGAAAUACCCACAUUUGUGGUUGAUCCUCUUCCCCCAGGUCUUGAUCGGGGGUAUGUUGUCUUGAAUAGACCAUGGGCAUUCGUGCAAUGGCUUGAAAGAGCUACCAUCAAGGAAGACUAUGUGCUCAUGGCAGAGCCUGAUCAUGUAUUUGUUAACCCCCUUCCCAAUUUGGCUGUUGGAGGAUUUCCAGCGGCUUUUCCGUUUUUCUAUAUUACACCUGAAAAGUACGAGAACAUAGUCAGAAAGUAUUAUCCAGUGGAGAUGGGGCCAGUAACAAAUAUCGAUCCCAUUGGAAACUCUCCUGUUAUCAUAAGCAAGGAAUCACUUGAAAAGAUUGCUCCUACAUGGAUGAAUGUCUCGCUGACGAUGAAAAACGAUCCAGAAACUGAUAAGGCAUUUGGAUGGGUGUUGGAAAUGUAUGGUUACGCAAUUGCAUCUGCUAUACAUGGGGUGCGUCACAUACUUCGGAAGGAUUUCAUGCUUCAGCCUCCAUGGGAUUUGUCUACCAAGGGGAAGUUUAUCAUCCAUUACACUUAUGGAUGCGAUUACAACAUGAAGGGUGAGCUGACAUAUGGCAAAAUUGGAGAGUGGCGAUUUGAUAAGAGAUCACAUUUGCGGGGUCCUCCUCCGAGGAACAUGUCCUUACCGCCUCCCGGUGUUCCGGAAAGUGUGGUGACACUUGUGAAGAUGGUGAAUGAAGCUACUUCCAAUAUCCCUAAUUGGGACACUCUCUAACUCGCAUCCACAAAACACGAACCAUAAGGACAAAGCCAUACAGCAAUAUUUUGCAUAAAGAAAUUUUUCUUUCUCCCUUUACUUCCUUUUAUCUGUUUUUUUUUCACUGGUUAAAUUAUAAACUCGAGUAGUAAAUUAUGAAAUUAUUUGUUUGAGACGAAACAUCUUCCAUAAUUCCUAGAAAGAGAGUAGAACAAUCAUUUUUGGUUCUAGUUACUGAUUAGUUUAACAAUGGAUAAUGUGACAACAACUUAUAUUAGGACAAAA